GAGCGAGCGAGGGCGCUGCAGCUAUUUUGAAAGUGACCCACCUCAUUGGGGCAGCCAACUGUGCAGCUGUCAGGAACCAUGACUGAAGAUGACCGAUUCGGUUGUCGUGGAGGGAUAUGCCAGACUCAAAGACGGUAAAAAGUGGAAAACUAGGUGGAUCGUUCUUCGUAAGCCAUCGCCUGUAGCAGAUUGCCUCGUGUUGUUAGUUUUUAAAGACAAGUCGGACAAAGUCGAAGGGAACAAGGAGCGGGCCGGAGUCAUUCUUGAGGAGAUCUGCGGCCUGGAAAGCGGACGGUGGUGCGAAGGCACGUCAUUCACACUGGCCAUUCUCUGUCUGACCCAGACGGUUCUGCUUGGGUUCGACAGCAAGGAGACUCUGCAGGCCUGGGAAGCCCGUUUGCGCUACAGCUUGGGAGAAGUUCACAGGUUCAGCGUCGGAGUCUUGGCAGGAACAAAGUUAGAGAGCGGACCGGCAACCCUUCACUUGUGCAACAACUUGCUCGCUCUCGUCAGAGACUCAUCCCCCGUCGUCCUCGGCCACUGGAACCUUCCGGACCUGCGUCGAUAUGGGCCCGUACCAAAUGGAUUUGUCUUUGAGGGAGGAACGCGAUGUGGCUACUGGGCUGGUGUUUUCCUGCUCACGUCUUCCGAAAGCGAGCAGAUAAGCUUCUUAUUCGACUGCAUCGUCCGAGGAGUCUCUCCUACUAGGGGACCUUUUGGCCUGCAGCCCAUCCUGCCAGAUCCAAACACCAGUCAGACCAACUCUGAGGAGAGGCUGAACCAUGAGACACGGGAACUGGAGAAGCGCUUGAGUAUGCUUUCCAAUCGGAACAGCACAGCGUCGUCCAUGUAUUGUGCAUCCCCCGGAGGCGAUGACCGCAGCAUAUCCGGUUCCUCGGACACCUCAGACACCAGCCAAUCCGACUGCAGCGUUUCCAGCCGUUUGGCCGUUUGGACCGAACCCGGCAGUAACCUCGCUGAUAGCAAUGUUGUUGGCAACAAAGUGGCGAGUGUGGAAAAGCAAUUGGGCAACCAGAACAGCGGGAACACUUCUGGAAUCAUAGACCCCAGGCAGCUACAGGAAAUCGGUCGCCAGAGCUCCUUAGACAGCGGUAUUGCCACUGGUAGUCAUUCCUCUUACUCUGGAAGUUUCUCCUCAUACACGGGAAGUCUGGACAUUAGCGCUAGUGAGGACUUUGGCUCAGUUUUUUGUCUGCCUCCGCACUUGGCUCAAGACCUCAGCUCUUGUUCUUGCCCCAAUGUAUCAGGACACGAGUACAAAGUACCAACCUCACUCAGGUAUCUGUAUGACACUCCCAGGAGUCUGGCACAGGAUUACUCCAGUUUAUCUAAGGAUUCUCCUGAUCCUGUAACAGAGUCUUUAAAGGGGGCCUCUGAGGGUCACCUCAAAACAGUGAGCUCACUGAGCAGGAAAACAAGGUGGGCACCCUCUAGUGACAGCACGGAGUCCAGCACAACUAAAACCAUUGUGACCAUCUGCUCAGUAUGCGGUGGACUUCAGGGUACGUCCUUCAACCCUGCAAGUGCUGCAGCAAUACCUGCAUUACCGGUUCGCAGGUCAGACAGGACAAGUGAGGAUUCACCACUUGCCAAAAAAGGACUGGAAAAACUAGCAAGCCUUUUAGCUGAGGUCCUUCAUCAUCCCAGAGCACCCAAGAAAUCAAAUCCCAACCGCGGUAACUUACACGUAGCCAUGAGCCCUGCAUUAAGCCUCAACCCUCCAUCACUAUUUGGCUCCCAAGCACCAGCGACUGACGUCAUUUACGAAAACUGUUCCAAGUGCUGUGGUGCUCAUUUCCGCCCGCCACUGCGGGGCACCCCUGCCAAUGUGCACCGCCGCAGCAGAAUCUACAGUGUGCAAACCUUUCUAACUGGGCUGCACCUAAAGAAAAGCGCAGAAGAAAAAAGUUCUGAGACUCUUCAGACCGACGGUCCGAAUGAAGAGACGAACGGUCAAGCAUUGCCCAGUGAAGGUAAGAGGCCUCUUUUCCUCUGCGCUCUUGCAGCCUCUUCUCUCUUCUCCAACUGAACCAUGGAUAUUUUUCUUGGACUUGUUAUCCCCCACCACUCCUGAAUUCCUUUCCUGGAUCUCCCAACAACAUCCAUUUGGAGCAUCACCAAUUACAUUUGUUUAAAGUCCAGCACUGAAAUGAUCCACUACUUGGUCGGAUGUGGUGAUAUAACAUUGAUAGUGAGAUAUCAUAUUGUAAUCUGUCAUGGUCCAAUACUGAUACAGUAACAUCAGAAUGAUACUGUACCUGCCCUAUUUUAUUUGACUGAAGGAGCUGUGGGAGAAAAUGUAAUCACAUGAUCUCUCAAGGUGCAGUAUCAAAAGGGAACCAUCAAAUACAGUAUUUUACACAUUCACUUCCAUAUGUUUGUUGAGCUCUUUGAUGGCCGACAGCUGCUCAACUGAAGCUUGUACGUACUUGAAUAAUGAUGUAAAUGCACGUAGCUUAGAUGUGAAAUAUAUGUUGAGUGAUUCAUUACUUUGUAUUUAGUACACAGUAAAUAUCGGAAAGGAAGCAGAUUCCCCGGAUACAUGUAUAUUUUGAAAUAAUCACGUAUCUUUUCUUUUAGUAAUGCAAUGAUUUAAAACUGUGGUUUCAAUUACUUUUGCAAUGUUUAACAUUACUCACAACUAAAAGGAAUAUCCCUUUGGAA